AUGGCUCAACAGUUGUCUGGUGUCACGGUGGUGAUAUUUAUAGCUGGUGGUAUAUUGACAUUUAUAUUGCUGUUCAUAUUUGCCAAGAGGCAGAUCAUGAGAUUUGCUCUUCGAUCGAGGAGAGGCCCGCACGUGCCGAUUGGGCACGAUGGGAAGAAAACACUGAAAAGAGAAAUUGAACGACGAAUAGAAGUGGUUCCAAAAAUUGCUUUUGAGCCAAAAUUAAUGACAGUUGAUCAAGACGAUGACCUUUCAAAAUAUAUAUUACCACCAGCUGAAUCUAACAACAAACCAUUGCUGUCACACCAUUAUCGUAUGAAAGCAGUUGAUGAUGUCAAAAAGUUAGAACGCGAAAUCACUAAACAAGAUAAAACAUUGACUCGCCAUCCAAACGAAAACAUUCGUUCAUUUUUACUAAAUACAUUAGCAGUACUUUUGGAUGGUAGCGGACAGCAUAUAGUUCAUCAAUUCUGUGAUCUCUAUGAACAUGCUCGUUAUGAUCCAAAUGAAUUCUUGGAUGAAGAAUACCAAUCAUUCAUAAGAUUAAUGAAAAAACUAAUUGAUAUAGCAAAAUUAUUGAAAUCGUAUUCUGGCGAAAGUCGAAAAAAUAGUCCCAAUAAAACUCCAACUCGUAACAACAAUAUGCGAACUGGUACUAAUGAAAGUCUUAGGUCAAAAGACAGAGAUUCAAAUCGCUUAAAAGUUGUAUAA